UCCCGAGCGUUCGUGAAGGCCAACGUCACGACCGCCCCACCAGACCCCGCACCGGCUAAGCGAUCGCUGCUCCACAUUGUCCCAAGGUUCAACUCUCACCGGAGAGCGGAGUCCACCCGCUUCCCGUCAGGCCAGGGCGUCGGAGCCCGAGGACAUCGAUCGGGCCCGCCCCUCUCUUCACACACCUGGCCGCUGUCACUCUUGAGUCACUCCGCCGAGGCUCUAGGGGGCGGUACAUAGCUCAGCGAAUUCUCGCUCUCAGGAAACAAUCGUCGAUGGGGUCGAUCCUCCAGCCAAUCCUAGCACGCUUAGCCCAUCCUGCUCUCUUAUUGGACUCGGAAGAGUGCGGCUGGCGGAUGUUAUUCUGGCGCGGAAUGCCAGAGCCGGCAAGAUGGCAGCCUGUGACGGGAAGCCGGGUGGUAUAUUCGAUCACCACGUCCAAACGGCUGUGUGUGACUCGCGGGCCAAAUACCGGGAGGGCCGACGCCCUCGCGCGGUCAAGGUAUAUACAAUCAAUUUGGAAUCUCAGUACUUACUAAUACAAGGAGUUCCUGCAGUGGGAGCCAUGAAGGAAUUAAUUGAGCGAUUUGCUUUGUAUGGUGCAAUUGAACAGUAUAAUGCUCUAGAUGAAUACCCAGCGGAAGAUUUUACAGAAGUUUAUCUCAUUAAAUUUGUGAAAUUACAAAGUGCAAGGGUAGCUAAGAAAAAGAUGGAUGAACAGAGUUUCUUUGGAGGGUUACUUCAUGUGUGCUAUGCUCCAGAAUUUGAGACAGUUGAAGAAACUAGAAAAAAAUUAGAAGAAAGAAAGGCAUAUAUUACAAGAGUUACUAAAAGCCAAGACUGUUACAUUAUGAAGAAGAAAUCGGUUCCAGAACAGCAAGGAACAGAAGAGUCUAGACAAGCUUUUCCUCCACCUAUACCUGGUUUCGGUACAGCUGCUUUAAACACACCUCCCGAGAGUCCUCUGGAGAACUCAAGGCCUCGUCUUCCUUAUUCUUGUGAAUUCCCUUUAAGCUAUUUUGCCUCCCAAAGCACGUGCUCCCCUGGGGAACAUAUGGACGGAGCAUCCAACUCCUGUAGUCGAGCUAGGAACCAUGGUGAGCUGCCGAAGCAUCAUGACCACACUGCCUUUCCCCCAAAGCUACAGAUGAACACUUACAAAAAUUCUGUCCCUUGCUCCACUGUGCAAGAGGCCAUCGCUACCUCCCAGGCAGUUGGCAGAUUUAUGCCUAGGACGACGCAGCUACAGGAGAGGAAGCGACGGCGGGAUUGUGAUCGCGAACUCGGAACUUCUCUUGAAACACACACAAGCAGUAACGAGGUUUUGAUUGGACCUAAGUUGCCUGGUAUUCCCACAAUAGAUCUGCAGGAUGACUCCUUGAAUACAACAGCAAACUUAAUACGAAGUAAACUUAAAGAGGUGAUUUCAUCUGUGCCAAAGCCUCCAGAGGACAAUAUAAAAGACAUGUGUUCAAGUCACCCACAAAAACAAAGAAGAAGAAUAUAGCUUGCCAGAAAGGAGUUAGUCUUGCCUUUUCUUUUGAAUCAGGGUCUCACUGAAUAGAGAUCUGCUGCUCUGGAACUCACUAUGUAGGCCAGGCUGGCCUUGGGCCUCGGCCCCUGAGUGCUGGGAUUACAGGGUGUGUGCCUCUCUCAGCUACAUUGGUGUGUUCUGGAGAGAUUCUUUUUCAUGUCUGGCCCAUUUUAAUUCUUUCAGACAUCUUACUACUGCUGUUUAAAGUUUUUUCUCUUAAACUGUUUGCAAAUGUUUCCAUCUUUCUUGAAUCUACACGCAGUGUGGCAGAGACUGUUCUUUUCUUUUUUUUUUUUUUUUUUUUUUUUUUUUUUUUUUUUGGUUUUUCGAGACAGGGUUUCUCUGUAUAGCCCUGGCUGUCCUGGAGACUGUUCUUUUCAUACCAUAUUAGUUCACAAAAUAUAUAAAUCGAUCGAAACAAAUAUAAAAAUAGGUAAUGCAAAUAAAGGCAAUCAGAGUCUCAUUUUAAUUCAAGUAUUGAGCAAUUUGUGUUCAAAAACUAGCAGGGGGAUUGUUUUUGAAUACCAUGGCUUCAAAAUGAAAGCAGGUCUGUAAAGAAAAAAUGUCAAUAAAAUGUUAGAACAAAGUCAAUAUUAGAAACACUUUUUAAAAAAAGAAACAAACAUAAUGUAACUUCUAAGAUUAACUUACAUCGACUAUGCUGAUGUAAAAGCUAAUUUUGGAAAUUCUAGAUUUCUACAUUGUCAGCAUAUCUGUACUUGUACUUCUGUCAGUGUACCACCAUGUAAUUUUGUCAGGCUAUUUCCAUUUUCUUUUCUGGGAAAAAAUAAACUGAGAAGGCACAUGCUA